GGACAACAACAAUUCGUACUUGGAUGGUUUUUUACUUAACAGUUAAAUAUUUUUUAAGCAUCGAACGAUUAGUGUGUGUGUUUACGAUGGAUUAUGAAUGUGAAUAACAGUGUUGGGAUAUAAAACUGGAAUGAAACUGAGUAAAAAUACUUUAAAAUUCAAAGAAACAGCGCUGGUUUUCCAAGUUGACUCCGAAGUGUUUGUUUACUUCAACGUCAUCAUUUGCUAUGACGUCACAUUGAAACAUAUAGUGUUCUUAAGAUAGAGAUCGGAAAACCAUGGUCUAAAAUAGCGAUAGUAUAAAGGUAAAGUUUAUACGAUCGUUGUUAUACUAUCGAUUUUCAUCUGGUAAUAGGAUAAAAGUCGUUCCUUUGCCAGUCGAUCAUAGAAUGUCUAUUCACAAAGAACUUCCUGCUUGCAUCCAGUGCGUUAGGAAAAGAUGGAUGGCGAUGAAGAAAUGUGUCCAGAAUUAUAACUCGUCAUGGAAGCAACUUAAACUUUACGAAAAUAAACAUGGCUAGAAGAUCUACACAACUUCACGGUUAAUAGUCUACAUGUGACUCAGCCCCAGAUGAUUUAUGACAAUUUUGGAUGUUGGUGGUCACUUAUAAAGGAGGUUUGUUACAAAGCUGACGGAAUCGGAUGCUUCAGCAACGCCAAACCAUAUGACAACGCCAAUUGUAAACUUCCAGAGUCGCCAAAUGCUAUUCAGGUCAAGUUCCUGCUGUACACCCGUGCGAACACCCAGUCGCCUCAAAUUGUAAAUAAAACUUCAAACUCCAUCCAGGCGUCGCGUUUCUCCAGCACCAGAAAGACUAAGUUUAUCAUCCACGGCUUCAAUGAUGAACACCGUCCAUGGAUGAGCAAAAUGGCACAGGCUAUAAUCAAAAGGGAAGACGCAAAUGUGUUUGCAGUGGAUCGGUCGAAAGGAGCUGACAAUAUCGAUUACAAUCAGGCAGCGGCGAAUACCAGGGUCGUAGGGGCUCUGAUUGCGCAAUUUAUAACACAACUUCGCACCACUACGCAGGCGCAAUAUGGCGACUUCCAUUUGUUUGGUCACAGUCUUGGUGCCCAUAUUUCCGGUUACGCCGGUGAAAGGAUUUCCAGAAUCGGUCGAAUAACCGGCCUUGAUCCGGCCGGUCCCCAGUUCGAGAAAAAGGACACCAAGGUUCGUCUGGACCCUACAGAUGCUUUGUUUGUCGACGCCAUUCAUACGGACGGCGACUCACUCAUUCAACUUGGAAGGUUUCGGGCUCGAGCAGCCAGUAGGUCACGUGGACUACUACCCUAACGGCGGAGAAAAUCAGCCGGGCUGUUCCAAAGAGUUAGGGCAACAUUGGUUCAACCUUAUAACAGGGGGCAUUGGAGCGUUGACCGACGGUGUUGCUUGCAGUCACAUGCUCGUCCUUGACUUAUUCACCGAGUCCAUCAACUCCAACUGCAACUUCCGGGCGCAACCGUGCAGCAGACGCGCUGACUUCCAGGCCGGCAGGUGUAACACGUGCGGUGCCGGAUGUGCAAACAUGGGCUACAGCUCCAACGGCCAGCAACCCCGUAACGGAACCUACUAUCUCUCCACCAAUGGCAAAAGUCCUUACUGCAAAGGCUGAAUGGCGAAAUAAGCGAGGUCCUUGCUUCCAUGGCUAAAUGACUCUUCUUACUAGUUGCUUGUUUUCCUUACUGCCAAUCUUGAAUUACGAAAUUACCGAAUACCUUCUUGACAACGCUAAAGACGAAUUCUCUCGAUUUGCUGAUUUUCGAACGUAGAAUAUGGUGUCCUUGUAAUAUAGGUUUCACUAAAGUAUACUCCCUGUA